AUGGGUAACAGUUUUUCUAACAUAGCUGCUUUUCAGUCCCUGCAUAUUGUCUUGCUGGGUUUAGAUUCCGCCGGUAAAACGACUGUCCUGUACCGCCUGAAAUUCAACGAAUUUGUGAACACUGUUCCCACAAUCGGAUUUAACACCGAGAGAAUCAAACUAAGUAACGGUACCGCCAAAGGGAUCAGUUGUCAUUUUUGGGACGUCGGGGGACAGGAGAAACUAAGACCGUUAUGGAAAUCGUACAGUCGGUGCACGGAUGGCAUUAUUUACGUAGUGGACUCAGUGGACGUGGACAGACUAGAGGAAGCCAAAACAGAACUGCAUAAAGUUACCAAAUUCGCAGAAAACCAAGGGACUCCACUACUGGUGAUAGCCAAUAAGCAGGACUUGCCCAAGUCUCUGCCUGUCCAUGAGAUUGAGAAGCAACUGGCACUGCAUGAGCUCAGCCCUUCUACCACUUACCAUGUCCAGCCUGCAUGUGCCAUCAUCGGUGAAGGGCUCCAUGAAGGCAUGGAUCAACUGUAUGAAAUGAUUGUGAAACGAAGGAAAUCAUUGAAACAAAAGAAAAAGAGAUAA